AUGGCACCGACACUUAGGACGCGGGCUCCCAAGGCGCCCGCUCCUGUUCCCGCGGCCAACGCGCCGGCCCGAGCGCCUCUGGCGAAGAAGAAGACGGCAUCGACCAGGGCCGCAUCGGCGACCAAGGCCAAGGCCGCGGACACGGCUGCGGCAACGGCUGCGGCCAAAGCCGCCGCCAAGACUCAGCCGGCAAAGGCGGCCACGGGCAAGACACCGACCGCGAAGGCCGCUCCGAAGAAGGCCACCAAGGCGAACACAGCAGUGGCCUCAAAGCCGUCCGCGAAGGCUAGCAAAGCGAAAACUGCUCCGAAGAAGGCGGUGCCCGCCAAGCCGGUCGCGGAGGUUACCCUGGACCACACCGCGUACCCGCACAUCUUCGACCUGAUCGUGGAGUACGCUCCGCACAGCUCCCUCCUCGCUCUUCGCGCUGCAAGCAAAGCGCUGUGUGCUCGUGUCGACGCCCUGCUGGUUGAACAUGUUGUGCUUCGCACCGGCCUGCCUGCCCCCAAGGGCAAGAAGUGGAUGAACGUCGUGUCGGUCUCUGGCGAGCCUGGUUUGCCAAUGGGGCCCGCCAAGUCGCGACAGAGGCAGCAUCGGUGCCGCGCUGAGAGCAUUCUCGGCCGUCUACCCGGGUUCAGCUGUGACUUCAAUCACGUCUCGGACUACGCCGACGAGCACUGUUCUCCUCUGUGUUUGAAGCUGCGGCAGCGGUGGGAGGAGAAGUUCCACAACACAGAGGUGCUCGACCUUCACUUCUCGCGCCGGAGCCGGUUCGACAGGCAGAAGCUGGCGUUCAACAACCCUGACCUUACCGUGCGCGUGUUCCCUCCCUCCGACGGCGAUGUGUACCACGCUGGCAUCGCGAGUCCGAACCUCAUCAUCUUCACGGAUUUCUCGCCCCUCCGCGAGAGCGAGUGGGAGCGAGUCUCAACCACGGCGCACGUCUUCGCCGACGAGCAGAUCACCCACCGCCUAGUGUACAAUGUGGCCUAUGACGUUCGCCGCCCCACUCUCAACAACUGCUGGGUGAACCUCCCUGCUCUGGGCCGCAGCGUGCGCUCCGCCGAGGGUGAGGUUGUUAUCAUCUUCGAGAAGGAUGAGCGGCACGAUGACGAGGAGCGCGAGCUGGAGGACUGGGAGAGCCCCGACAUUCCCGAGACGCAGCGCGUGAACCCUGCAUGGAAGGGUGGCGAGGACCAGCGCCAGAACGGCUGGCUCUGGGACGUCGCCAACCUACUCCGUGUCGACUCACCCGCAUGCUACACUAUCAUCGGCGCGACAGAGGUGCCGUACAUGUGUGUCGGGCUGUCGCACGACAUUGCCGACCCGCAGGAAAAGAUCGACGCCAUCAUGCAGAACUUCAUCGACUGGAUCGACGAAGACCACCGGUCCCGCUCGUACCAGCCCAGCUCGCUGUCGGAGGAGCGUGAGGACCAGAUCCGCAGCAGUGUCGCAUUCUUCACGCAUGAGGAGUACAGGGAGCUCAUAGGCGAGGAGCAGUGGAAGCUCGAGACGGUGCCCUCCGACCCCUAG